GCGUUAGGAGGAGGAGGAGGAAGAACUGGCCGCGGCUGGUUCUCCCGCACAUAAACACCCGAGUCUGCGGGAAAGAGAAAAAACCGCACACAAAAGAAGAGCACUGCAUCUGAUACACACUCCCAUCCGACCAGGAGAGCAGGUCUUUUAGAAGAGGAGCUUGGACGGCAUGCAAAGUUGUGAAAUAUCUUCAGACAGCACAGAUGAUCCUCUCAGUAGCGGCUUACGCAGGCAUCACCAACCGCGAAUAGUAGUUAUUGGUGCGGGCUUGGCCGGCCUGGCAGCCACCCAGACCCUCUUGGAGAACGGCUUCACCAAUGUCACGGUGCUAGAGGCCUCGGACUGCAUCGGAGGCAGAGUGCAAAGCGUUCAAUUCGGUAGAGCCGCUUUGGAACUAGGAGCCACCUGGAUCCAUGGCGCUAACGGGAACCCCAUCUACCACCUGGCUGAGGAUAAUGGGCUCCUGGAGCACACCACGGAGGACGAGCGCAGCGUGGGCCGCAUCAGCCUCUACGCCAAGAACGGUGUGGCCCACUACCAGACCAACAGUGGCAAGCGUAUCCCCAAGGACCUGGUGGAGGAGUUCAGCGACUUGUACAACGAGGUGUAUGAGCUGACUCAGGAGUUUUUCCAGAACGGGAAGCCGGUGGGCGCUGAGACGAAGAACAGCGUGGGUAUCUUCACACGGGACCUGGUGCGCAAAAAGAUCACGAUGGACCCCGACGACUCUGAAAGCACCAAGAAGCUGAAGCUGUCCAUGCUCCAGCAGUACCUCAAGGUGGAAAGCUGUGAGAGCAGCUCGGCCAGCAUGGACGAAGUGUCCCUGAGUGAGUUCGGAGAGUGGACAGAGAUCCCCGGCGCUCACCACGUCAUCCCUGCGGGCUUCAUCAAAGUGGUAGAGCUGCUGGCCCAGGACAUUCCGAGGCGCGUGCUGCACCUCGGAAAACCCGUCCGGCGCAUCCACUGGAACUACAGCGCUCAGGACGCCGAGGGCGACGCCGACCAAGCCGACCACAACCAGGAUCAGCGACCCGGGCCGGCUCCGGUGCGCGUCGAGUGCGAGGACGGCGAGUGGUUCCUCGCCGAUCACGUGGUCGUCACGGCCUCGCUGGGCGUCUUAAAGAAAGCCCACGAGACGCUCUUCUCUCCGAGCCUUCCCCUGGACAAGGCCUUGUCCAUCCAGAAGCUGGGCAUCAGCACCACGGAUAAGAUCUUCCUGGAGUUCUCCGAGCCCUUCUGGAGCCCCGAGUGCAACAGCAUCCAGUUCGUGUGGGAGGACGAGGCACACCUGGAGAGCCUGGCGUAUCCAGAAGAGCUCUGGUACCGGAAAAUCUGCAGCUUCGACGUGCUUUACCCGCCCGAGCGCUACGGCCACAUGCUGAGCGGCUGGAUCUGCGGAGACGAGGCGCUGCUCAUGGAGCAGUGCGACGACGAAACCGUGGCCGAGAUGUGCACCGAGCUGCUCCGCAAGUUCACAGGGAACCAGAACAUUCCAAAGCCUCGGCGGAUCCUGCGCUCGUCAUGGGGCAGUAAUCCUUACAUCAGGGGCUCGUACUCGUUCACCCGCGUGGGCUCCAGCGGCGGAGACGUCGAGCGGCUAGCCCAACCCCUGCCCUACACCAAGAGCUCCAAGGCUCCGUCGUUGCAGGUGCUGUUUGCUGGCGAGGCCACGCACAGGAAAUACUAUUCCACUACCCAUGGUGCUUUGCUGUCUGGUCAGAGAGAGGCAAACCGUCUCGUCGAGCUCUACCACGACGUCCUCAAUGCAGAAACCACGAAAGCCUAAUACGUAGUAAAAGAAAUGAAUCAAACGCAAACCACUAACUCGUGAUUUGUUUUUACACAAAAACCUAUGUUUUAAUGAUUUCUGUAUUUUGAAAUGAAUUAAACGUGUAUUAAAAAUAACUAGUAGGGGCAUUAAACUAAUAACAGAAAUAAACAUUGUUUAUACUGUACUUAGAUUGACAGAUAUUUAGAUAUUACUGAGAUGUACCGUACUGUACACGGCCGCCGAGUUCGCCGGCCGCCUCCGGCUCUUAUUUUUCUCUGUUUGUUCUUUGUUUUUGUUUUUUAAUCGAUAAGUUAUACGUUUAUAACACGUCUGUAAUUUAACUUUUGUAAGUGCCUUCUGUAUUUAAUGGUGUCCUUUAAAAUAAAAACACAGUGGCAAAGA